AUGCAUGAAGGGCUUCAGCCUGCGCGCCAACUUGACAGCGAAGAGUGCAUCAAGAAGUUCAUCGCUGCGGUGCAGACACUGUUUGUAUACAAGGUCAAGACCAUUCGACAUGGUAGUGCACGAGAGUUCUCGACAGCGUCGCUAAAGGCAUUCUACGACGAUCAAGAAAUCGAGCAGCAGGUCACCGUUUCGUAUGCGCACCAGACUAAUGGUACAGAGGAACGAGCGGUUUGA